UGUUUGGUGUGCUGGACAGAAAUAUCGUUUUGAUAUAUAUUUUUUUUUCCCUAAAAUGAUUUGCUCUGAUCAUAUUUUGGGUGUAAAUUCGUUUAAUUUAUGUGUAUAACAUUAGGGUCAUAUUUUAAAUAAUACGAUAACAUGUUAUGUAAAAGACACGAACUGUGGAUAGUUUUGUUUUUUUUUUAAACAGCACAAUACUUUCUCAAAUUUGGUGGAAGGGCUGGGUGGGUGGAUGACGCAUGCGCAGUUCACUCCGCUCGGCUCGGUUCGGUCGGAAAAACGCAGGGACGACUCGGCGAAGAAAUAGCGAGCGAAGGAGGACGAAAAAAUAAAAGGAACAACAUGGGGCUAAGCCCCCCAUGUGUGUGAAACUUUAUACUGUAUCAUCUUGGAUGUCGUCCUCGGGAAUGGAGCAACAUCUGCUCAAGUACACGAGGAAGGACGUUAGAGUGAUUGGAGCAGCAGAGACGAUGGGAGAUGCGGCGCUCCACGGCGGCUUCAGGCGGACCUUCAUCGUCCCUGCCAUCAGGAGCUUCGAGCACUAUGACUUCAUCAGGGCGAAGAUGUCCUCCAGCCUGACGUGGCUGGUCGCCAAGGCUUUUGGCUCGGAUGAAGUGCCAGAUGAACUGGUGGAACCGUUCUACAGGGAUCAGUACAACCAGGAACACCUUAAGCCACCGGUGGCCAGCCUACUCCAGUCGGCAGAGCUUUACUGCCGGGCGGGAAGCCUGAUCCUUCGGAGCGACGCUGUCAAACCUUUACUGGGACACAACGCCGUCAUCCAGGCUCUGGCUCAGAAAGGUUUAUAUGUCACCGAUCAGGACAAACUCGUCACGGAGCGAGAUCUGACCAGCACGCCUAUACUCAUGACUUCCCAUCUGGCACUGAUAGACACACUGAUGAUGGCGUACACGGUGGAGAUGAUGAGUGUGGAACGGGUGAUGUCCUGCAUCAACAGACAUUGUUCCACCGGACCAUCGCACACAGACGCGCACGUCCAUGAACUGCCUUAUGACACCGAGGAUGCCAUCACCACCUGGCUCAACAAGGUGAAUGAGCACCUGAGGGACAUUCUUAUGGAAGAGCAGAAGCUGAGAGAAGUUUCCCACCAAGAAUCAAGCGCAACGCCCAAAGCUCGCUACAGGAAGCCUCAUGUCCAACAGAGCAGCGCACCUUUGCUCCCCCUGGUGGACAACCUGCUGAAGGAUAACACAGAUGGCUGCGCCCUAGCGGCUCUGCUGCAUUUCUACUGCCCACAGGCUGUUCGAUUAGAAGAUAUCUGCCUGAAGGAGAUCAUGUCUCUGGCUGACAGUCUGUACAACCUCCAGCUGGUGCAGGAGUUCUGCAGGGCAAACUUGAACCGCUGCUGCCACUUCAGCCUGGAGGACAUGCUCUACGCGCAUUCAUCCAUAAAGAGUAACUACCUGGUGUUUCUGGCUGAGCUUUUCUGGUGGUUCGAAGUGGUCAAACCGUCCUUUGUGCAACCCAGAGUCUUUGACCCGAAUGCCUGUGAGCCUGUAACACCCCGUAGAAAUAUGGCUCCUGUGUCCAAGCAGAACAAUGUGGACAGACCUGAUAGCCCAGAGGAGCUCUCUGAUGAAGUGGUGAUGAAGAGAUCUACCUCCAUGUCCUUUGGGGAUGGUUGUGUUGGAACGUGGCCACAGGAGAGACGCUCUUCCACACGUGGAGUCUCCUUUGAGAUUCCUCUGGAUGGAGACGCCACAUUGCCGCCCUGUAAAGCGCCCUCCCUCCGCGGUAUGACCCGCUCCGUCAGCAGCGACGGCCUGGGCUUCAACGUUCACUACGCACCUCGAGGUGCCAUGAAGCGCCACGUGUCCCUCAUGCCACACGUGAAUGGGCAGAGUGGACACAUCGCAGAGGAUGAGGAAGAUUUCACAGCACGCAAACCGCUUGGCAGGAACAACACCUUCUCGAUCAAGAACCAAAGCAGGCAUCCAAAUGGAGUCCUCCCUGACACCAAUCACCGUGGUAACCACAGUGGCCACAUAAGCCCCUCGACCCCUCCGAGUAUCGAGGAGGCGCUAAAGAUUAUCCAUGACACAGAACGGCCCCACGCCAGCCUGGGCUUGGGAGACCGAGACAGUGGCUUCUUUCUCCAUGGUGCUCAACCUUCAGGACCUCCGGGUGCCACGGGUCAAGGAGACGACCCAGGUGCAGCUAAGGCCUGGUUCAUUGACCAUGACCCUAAUUCGGUCUCCACUGACGACACAGGCAUUCAUGUGAGGACAGAGGAAAUCCAAAGCUUGGAUGAGGACUCCUCUCUGAGAGACUAUUCAGAUAUAGACCCAGACUGUGAGACCAUGACACGCUCGUGGCCCCUGCCUGAGAGGGAGAGGAAUUGGGAAGGACGGUGCAAAGGGGUUGGGGGGUCAAACCUCGGAUCUACCAGUGGCAGAGGGGACGGAGAAGACAGGAAUUUAGCACCCGCCCUGCCCAGAUCUCACACUGUGAGCCCCGCCUCGUCAUGCAGUGGUUCAGGAAGCGGCAUGGUGCGCAUGACGAGCUUCGCCGAGCAGAAAUUCAGAAAACUGGAGGGAAGGAGCAGUGGAGGAACGACACCGGAGAGUUCAGAUAUCAACACUUCGUGUAAACAGUCAGCAACGAACAGUCGCUCGCAGAUUGGUACACCGCCUUUGCCCAUCACAUCACCUACUCCUGUCACACCUUCUCCUCGAGACCCCUCCCACCUGAUAGCCUCAGAAAUGAUCCAGCUGAGGAUGAAGCUGGAGGAGAAGCGCAGAGCCAUUGAAGCCCAGAAGAAGAAGGUGGAGGAAGCUUUCACACGGCAUCGUCAGAAAAUGGGUAGAACCGCUUUUCUAAAUGUAGUGCGGAGAAAAGGAGUGACCAGCCCACUCAGUCCCAACUCGAGCGAAGCGGUAACGCCUUCGCCAAAGACGCCAACUAGCCACGGCGGCAUGGAAAGGGCGGAGCGAUGCAAGCCUGAUGGUGCCGCUCCCAAAUCUUCCUGCGAAGAUGGAGGAGGUUUAACGCCAGGGGAAACGGACCUCGCAGAGUACACUCGCUCCAUCGAGAGGCUGAACACAUCUCUGGGCUUCCUCCAAACAGAGAUGCACCGACUGGCUCAGCAGCAGGAGAGGAUCAUGUCCAUGAAAGAACAACAGCAAAAAGCCUGGGUCAUUCCUCCUCCUGCGCCGUCACCACACAGGCAACUCCGUGAGUUGCGUAGCAGCAGUGUUACAGGCCGAGGAUCAACCAGAGGGUCCGUGGGUUCCUUGUCCCCCAUUUUGUCCUCGUCGGGCUCUGCCAAUUCCGUCAGUCGCCCCGCCGCUGGCCUUAAGCGACGGCCGGCCUCCUUCCACGCCAGGACACCUCGGACUCCGCGGCCGAAUGAUCUGAAGAUCACGCCCAUCAACCGAAUGCUCAACACCCCCACCUCGGUGGACAGCUUACCGAGACUAAGGCGGUUCACAUCGAGCCAAACGCAUACCUGCUCGUUUGCGUACUUGAGCGCCGACGAAGGAUCCGGGAAUCGCAACAGCCCGGAGACCAAAGAGAGCAAAGAAAACACUAAGGACAGAGAAGAGAUGGCGGAGGAGAAGAGUGCAGGCACUCCUCAGCCUCCUGCAGCCAAAGAGAAGGAAGAAGGAUCAGCAGAUCCCGAGGAAAUUCUGAUAAGAAAUGAGCAGUCAAAGACUUCAGAGGUCUUGUGUCAGCCGAUGUCUGAAAGUCAAGGCAACAAACACCCUCAGGACAAGAAAGAACUUGUGGAGGUUACGCUAUCUGGAAUCUGGGCUGGAGAGAGCCAAGCUCAGGGGACGACUGGAGAAACCGGAGAAGAUCAGAAGAUGUGCUGUGGAUUCUUUUUCAAGGAUGAUGCAAAAGGUGAAGAGGACAUGGCGGCUAAGAAAGCAGCUUUGCUGGAGAAGAGGCUAAGGAGGGAGAAGGAGGCGCAGAAGAAGAAACAGCAGCAGGAGGUGGACCAGGAGCAGAAGAAGGAAGCUGCACGGUUGAAAGCAGAGGAAGAGCAGCAGAAGCGGGACGAGGAAAAGGAAAGGAGAGAUUACAUCAAGAACGAGUAUUUGAGGAGGAAGCAGCUGAAGCUGAUGGAGGAUAUGGAUCAGGUCGUCAAGCCCAGGUCUGGGAGUUUCAAGAAGAAGCCUCGCCCCAAGUCCAUCCACAGGGAUGUCAUGGAGUCCUCCAGUCCACUCGUGAGAGCGGCAGGGGUGCGUCCUCGAGGCUACUCUGUGUCGAGUGUGUCUUUGGCCUCGCUGAAUCUGACGGAUAAUGAGAGCAACCAUCCUGAUAACAAGAAGGACUACCGGCCAGACUCUGCUGGGGGUCUCUCCUCAUGCCCCUCCGCUGGCAGUCGUAACGGAGAGAAGGAUUGGGAAAACGAUUCAACCACUUCCUCCACUCCGUCCAACACUGAGUACACAGGACCCAAACUAUACAAGGAGCCAAGUGCUAAGUCCAACAAGCACAUCAUCCAGAAUGCUCUGGCCCACUGCUGCCUGGCUGGAAAGGUCAACGAAGGGCAGAAAAACAAGAUCAUCGAUGAAAUCGAGAAAUCCGAAGCCAACAACUUCCUCGUGUUGUUUCGCGACGCCGGCUGCCAGUUCCGCUCGGUCUACGCCUACUGCCCCGAGACGGAGGAGAUCACGCGGCUGACCGGCAUCGGGCCGAGGACCAUCACUGCCAAGAUGAUCGAGCGCCUUUACAAGUACAACUCGGACAGGAAGCAAUUCAGCCAGAUCCCGGCCAAAACCAUGUCCGCCAGCGUGGAUGCCAUCACCAUCGCCAGUCAUCUAUGGCAUAACAAAAAGCAGGGCACACCCAAAAAGUUGCACUUGAAGUAGCACCAUAGGACAACGAUGUCUGGUUCUCUGGAAUACGAAAAGCUGUUUGAAACACUUAUUUGAUAUCCUUAAAAUCCAUGUACUAGUACGCUCUUUGUCCUCUUAAGACAACCCAUCAGACUCGGAGAAAGUCUACUGUAAAAAUAUUGCUUUGGCACAGUGUUGUGGCAUCUUGGGCCCAAAGAACUAUAAAAGUGAGAUGAGCUUCAUUUAGUGAGGCUGUCACCUUGUCUAAUUGAAAAAAAAAAAGGGCUUUGCUGCAAACUUGUGACAACCCUUUCAUGGGCACAGUGGCAAUUUUUUGCCUUAUUGAGAUAAAAGUCUCCUAACAGGCCACAAUCAAGGAAAUAACACUUCUUUUUCGUUUAUGGUUAAUUUAUAUAACUUUACUCAUUUAUAAUCUCAUCCCAAAAAUGGGAAACUGGCCGCAAGAGGGUACUUGGGUUUUUUCAUAGUGGAUCGUCCCAAAAACCAGAAUCAGAAACAGAUUAAAACAUUUAAAUAUUUUGAUAUACUGAAGGAUGUAAUGCGUGAAAAUCAUGAUGUUCCAAAAAUGCAACGCUGCCCACGAAUGGGUUAAUAGGAAACUACAAACUUUAUGAGUAGACCAAAAUUACCUGUGGAUACUACCUUCCACAACUGUAUAACAUGUCUACACCAGUGAUUUCCAACCUUUAUAGAGCCAAGAUUUUUUCAAUUCCUGCAACAACAGUAAAUGUCUCCAAAAAUGGAUCGAUUAAUUACUGUAUGUACUUCCUGCCAUUAAUAGAAGAGGAUUUUUUGUUCUGUCUGUCAUUGUGCCUCACUGGCAUAAAUAGAUUAAUAAAGGACCAUUAUUUCUUGGAAAUAAAUGUUUUUUUUUAGCAAUUACGUAAAAUUGGAUAACUUCCCACGGCACACAGGAAGAACGCUCAUGCCACGCUAAUGUACCCUGCCACACUGUUUGGGAAUCACUGGUCGACACAAUAGUAGGGCAACUUUGCCAUGCUAGUCGGACAACUGCAUGUAACUCGGUAGACAAAACUGCACUAGUUGACAUCUGUGUGUAAUUAGUACUGAUCGCGCGGCUCAAGUAGUAGAAUUUUAAAAUGUGCAGUACUGCUACUAGGAUCCAACUGUCAAAUGCUGUGCAGUUUUGCCUAACUAGUAACAUGUAGUUGUCCAACUAGAAUACUAAAGUUGUUAGUGAGUACAAAAUUAUACAAGCACAUUGAUGUUAAGUUGCAUAUAAACGACACAGAACAGCAUUUAUUAUAUAUCAACCGAGUUAAUUCAGCGCUCGAUCAGAGUGAGUCGGCAACACGAGUAGAUCAACUGUCUUACUAGUAACUUUUUUUCCCACGACUGCUUUCCACUAGGUCUAGUAGUGUUACUAGUGCAGCAUAGUAGUUUACUAGUAAGGGUUAAUUUCUUACUUGUAAACAAAAGUGGUACUAGGACUAGGGGGAAAAAAUGUUACGAGUAAGACAGCCUCAUUCUAGGUGUGUUCUGAAAUGUCUUACUAGUGAGAACUCAGCGGAUUACUGCAUGGACCUUAAACUGGAAAUCAAGGAUGCGGAUUCAAGGCGCGCUACUGAAUACAAUUUGGAUUCAGAGAUCACAACUGGAGUGUGGAUGAAGUUUCCCAGAUAUCACAAAGCAUGUUUCCUGACGUGCCAAAACGAGAUGACGAUAGGAAAUCGACUCCGAGACGAACCUCUGUCGUGACUGUCCCGCCUCUCAAAGAGCCAGCCUGGUUUGUGUAAGUCGAUCAUGUGCGGCCUUAUGCUUGUUUCGUGUCACCGGGAUAUGUUGUGAUUUGAUCGUGGUUUUUGUUUCGUUUUUGUUUUUUUUUUUGUCAGCGCCUUUUUGGGUUCACAUUGGCAAAGGGCCCCCUGUCUGAUCAGGGAUCAGACUGAAGGGGCCUCUGCAAACAUUGCUGUACAGACAUGUUUUGUGUGUGUGUGUGUGUGUGUGUGUGUGUGUGUGUGUGUGUGUGUGUGUGUGUGCGCGCGCGCGUGUGCACAUUUCAAGUGCCAAGAGGAGUGUUUGCCAUUUCCAGUGAUCGUAUUGAAUACCAUAAAAACCUUCCUGGAAUGCACUGGUAAAAGACUCUUUAUUUAUUUCUAUUGUUAUAAUGCGUUUUAACGUUUUCAAGGCCAUUUUAUCCAGAGCGACUUAAUGUACUCGAUGUUUUGAAUUUAUUUGUAUAUAAUUGCAAGGGAACUAGCAGCCUUUGAGUAGCUUUUCUAAUUUAUCGUAAGUAUGCAUCCUUCCCAUGUGCUCAUUUGGGACCUUUUAUUAAGUCGCAAUUUUUUUAUUAUUAUUCCUGUAUUUGUUUUUAUUUUAUAAUCCAAAAAAAAGUGUGAUCCCUAAACAACAUCACCGAUUGACAGAAAUCGAUUAUCGUGCAAUGGAUAGAUACAAUCACAGUGUUCUCGUCUUAGAUCUCAACGAUCGACUUGACUUUUAAGUUUUUCUUUAUCUUCAAGUAUGCAUCAGCACUGUACAGAUAUAUUUUGGCAUAUAGUAAAGUAUUUUUUGUAACAUUUAUCAGAUGGAGUUGUGUAUUAAUGAAGGAAGUUUGAGCAGAGGAUGUGUUGUAAAAAUUAAAUGCAAGGGUGAAAUGUAUGAAGGUUUUCCAGAGACUAAUAAUGAUGUCAUAUCAUUGUUCCUAUUUUUUUCCCAACUAGUAAUUUCCAUUUGACUUAAUAUGCUCAACAGAUCUUGAAGAUUUUUUUGUCUUUUUCCCACAGUCUUUGAGCUUUAUUAAAAUGC